GUCGCCGUGCUGGUGAUGCCGUGGAAAGCAGUGGCUGAGGUGGCUGGUUUCUGGCCGUUUGGAGGGUUCUGUAAACCCUGGCUGGCCUGCGAUAUCAUGUGCUCCACGGCCUCCAUCCUCAACCUGUGCCUCAUUAGCGUGGACCGAUACUGGGCCAUCUCCAGCCCUUUCCUUUACGAGAGGCGCAUGAACAAGAUGCUGGCCUCUGUGAUGAUCGGAGUGACCUGGACUGUGUCAGUGAUCAUCUCCUUUGUCCCUGUGCAGCUGGACUGGCACCGUACGGAGAUAGGUGAUCCGGCUGGGGAGGCUUUUGCACUUAACGCUAAGGGUGUUGAUGGGAGAUGUGACUCCAGCCUGAGCCGGACUUACGCCAUCUCCUCCUCCCUCAUCAGCUUCUACAUCCCCGUGUUUGUCAUGAUUGUCACAUACACGCGCAUCUACCGGAUAGCCCAGCUGCAGAUCCGGAUUAUUUCCUCCCUAGAGCGUGCAGCGGAGCACGCGCAGAGUUGUCACUUGGACGUACCCGAACUUUGUUCUCACAGGUGCACUGAAGUCGGUGUCAACUCAUAUCAGUCUCCUAUACAUCACCAUCGUAAAACUCAGCCCCCUAAUCGGUCUCACCGGGAGCUCAAAGUCUCCAUCAGAAAAGAGACGAAAGUCCUCAAAACUCUGAGCAUCAUCAUGGGGGUUUUUGUUUGCUGCUGGUUACCGUUUUUUAUCCUGAACUGCGCUCUGCCCUUCUGUCCCGGACCAGAGGAGCCUGUGGCGCUGCGGGGCCCUUACUGCGUCAGUGAGAAAACCUUCGACGUCUUCGUGUGGAUCGGCUGGAGCAAUUCGUCCCUUAACCCGGUCAUCUAUGCAUUUAACGCGGACUUUAGAGACGCCUUUUUUCGCCUGUUGCGCCUCCGCGGACACGGCUGCUGCUACACGAUGAGCGCGGCGGUGGAGACGGUGAUGGCGAGCAACGAGGCCGGACACCUGAAGCCGGAGAGCCCGCUGAACAUGAACCAGGAAGUCUAUGCCGUGAAGAUCAGGGGCAGCGAGGACAGGGGGAACACAACGGUGACCCUGUUAUAUCACAGAGGAACCACCUCUGAGCAGGUGAUGGACACUGAAGAAAGUAAAGACAGCCACAGACUGACGCAGAUACCGAUAUAAAUGAAAUGAGCGGGGUCAGGGAGCAGGAACAAUAUGCA